AGCUCUCAGCAUGAAGACCCUGCUGUUGUUGGCUGUGAUCAUGGCUUGUGGCUUGCUCCAGGCCUAUGGAAACCUUUUGGAUUUCCGGAAAAUGAUCAAGUAUACAACUGGCAAGGAAGCUAUAACCAGCUAUGGUGCCUACGGCUGUCAUUGUGGCAAGGGUGGCAGAGGAACUCCCAAGGAUGCGACAGAUCGGUGCUGUGUCGCCCAUGACUGUUGCUACCGCCGUCUGGAAAAACAUAAAUGUGGCACCAAGUUCCUGGGUUACAAGUUCAGCAUGAAGGGUGGCAAAAUCACCUGUGCCAGACAGGACUAUUGCAGGAGUCAGCUGUGCCAGUGUGACAGAAUUGCAGCCCUCUGCUUUGCUAGAACCCGGAGCAGCUACAACAGGAAGUAUCAGUUCUACUCCAACAAGCAUUGCAGCGGGCGAACUCCCAGGUGCUGACAGCACCUCUGCCCUGGGCCUCCUGGGGCCCCACAGCUGGAUUCGCUUCCCUAGUACCCUCCCCACCUAUCCAGCCCUGCUCCCUGCCCAACAAGAAAACACGGGUCUCCCACCCUUAAGGCAAAGCAGGAGCCCUUCCCGCAAACCCCCAGCAGGAGAAACGCAAUGCUUAUGUCUGGCUAGGCCCUUUCUCCCGCUUCCUAGGGCUGUAGAUUAUCUCUCU